UGGUGAUCGUCAAGCCAGUUAGAAAAAAUGUUCUACUCCAGAUUUCCUAAAGAAGAUGGAUAAAGUGCUGCCUUAAAAAAUGAAAAGUAAUUAUUUGGACCAAAUCAAGCAGCAAAACAUUGAAAUAAACAGCAUACACGAUGCGUUCGAAAUUCCAAAAAAUCACACUCAACUAAACAAUUCCUUCGAAAAUUUUACAUCGGAUAUAUUUUCCUUCAAUAGCACGGAUUGGGGGCCUAAGAGAGACCCUCUUUAUAUAGUGAUACCAAUUAGUUUUAUGUAUGUUCUGACAUUUGUUAGCGGCCUGUUAGGUAACAUUAGUACGUGUAUUGUGAUUGCAAAGAACAAGCCUAUGCAUACUGCGACAAACUACUAUCUCUUCAGUUUAGCUAUAUCGGAUUUGCUCCUACUUAUAUCGGGACUACCCCCGGAGAUCUACGCUAUAUGGACAAAAUACCCCUAUAUUUUUGGUGAAGCUUUUUGUGUAUUGCAAGGAUUUGCAGCUGAAACAUCAGCUAACGCUACAGUGUUAACUAUAACAGCAUUUACUAUUGAAAGAUAUGUGGCUAUAUGUCAUCCAUUUUUAUCUCACACCCUGUCGAAGCUGAAUAGGGCAAUUAAAUUUAUCAUAGCUAUUUGGAUAGUAGCUAUUUGUUUAGCAGUUCCCUUAGCAAUGGCUUUCGGGGUGUGGUGUGAACAACUACCUGACGGCUCCUUUAGUGAUGAACAGUGCGUAUGUAUGGUGAAACGAAUAGUUUUACCUCAUGCUUUUGAAAUAUCAACAUUCGUAUUUUUUAUUGCCCCUAUGUCGCUUAUUACAGUGCUCUACAUUCUUAUAGGGCUACAGUUGCAUAGGUCAACGGUAGGACCGUCAAGGGGUAACAGUGUUAAGCUGAAGCACAGGGUUUAUAAGCCAGUGACAACUUUUCCUAAUUCAGCUAGCCAGGCUGUGGUGAUGCUAAAUGGUGAAGGAGAGAAGCAAAAUAGUGUUCAGGAAGAGGAAGGUAGAAAGAAUUUUGCGAAGAAUGCCCAGGCAACAAAGCAUGUAGUUAAAAUGUUGGUGGCUGUGGUGGUGGCAUUUUUCAUUUGUUGGGCGCCAUUUCAUGCUCAACGUUUGCUGGCUAUCUACGGAAAGCACACGUCCGCCAGGAUGAUCAAGGCAUUCCAGAUUCUCACCUAUAUCAGCGGCGUUUUCUACUAUCUAUCAACUACUGUCAAUCCUCUGCUUUAUCACAUCAUGUCUCAUAAAUUUAGAGAAGCAUUUAAGAACACGUACAAGAACUGCGGACGCAAGGGACACCGAUUUCCUGGAGGUAGGUGUUACUCGACUUUAUCAACGCGAUCUUCGCAAGUUAACAGUCAUAGCAUCACAGAUUCUUACAGCCACCAAAGCACGCUACGGUACCUCGAUGCUGAAAUGGCACGUCUGCACGACUCUCGAAGGCCACUGGUUGUUUCCUUCAGAAGGAAGAAGGCUAACCUAUCGCCAAGGAGAACAAAGCAGAUUAUAAUUUUGGAUGAAAAUCUGCAGGAUGCCCUUAACAAUCUGGACUACGCUUCUCGUCAAAACUAUCUUAGAAGGAGCCGCCAAGAUCUCAACAACCAUAUUUCAGUUCAUGAUGAUCUUAGCAACUCGGGCAGCUUUCGAAACGAAUGCAGUUUCAUAGAGAUUCAUAAACUGAAACCAACUCACAUUUGUCCUUUAAGCACCGAGUUCUCAAAAUGCACUAGAUCUAAGACAGAGAGCUCCAUCGAGGAGUUAAGAAUGAAGACUAGAAGUUUUGAGGAAUUUCAAGUUGACAGAGGGAGAGAUAAUUUUCUUUAACCCACUGUGCAUCAAGAAGUAUUAAUAUAAAUUUAUAAAUACAUUUUAAAUAUAUUAAAUGUAAAUAUUUUAAUUUUAAUUAAUGUAUUACAUAAUGUUAUCCAUGACUGUAAAUAAUUAGUAUUGCUUGUAUGGGGGAAAAGCUUAAAUAUUUAUUGUUAUUUUGUACUAAAAUAUACAGUAUACCUAAUUAAUUUAGUAAUAUUGUGUAUAUGUCGUUUAAUAUAAAUGUUUUAUAUUGUAUUAUAAAUGUUUUG